AUGCUUCAGCUCAAUGGGUUUAGUUUUGCAGGUGCCCCUCUUACCACCGAAAAGUAUGACCCGUCUACUGGUGGGUUGCUGGACCAGCCUAUGCUGUCUGCUAUGGCACAAAAUGGCGGCACAUCCUCUGCUGCCGAGACCAAGGCGAAAAUGACGACAAUUCUCGGCAAGCGCUACACCCAGCAGACAAAAUUACUCGAUCUUUCGAAAUUGGGAACCGAUCCGGAUCUCUUGGCUAUGGGAAUCUUUGGCAGCACAUCCACCGAGUCGAAAUUCUUCCCGGCACUGAUGAAGGUUUGGGAGCUGAAUUUCGACAAUGCCACUGCGCGUCGAGAGGCAGUGGAGAGUGUCAGUCUCGCUCAUAAUCAGCUUGCCAACAUCACAGCUGUGACGGCACUAGCAUCGACAAUUCCAGACCUGAAAAAUCUGGAUCUUUCCAACAAUGAAUUCAAAGAUGCGCAAUCCUUGAUUGGAUGGCGCUGGAAAUUCCGCAAUCUCGAGUUUCUCGAUCUCUCAAACACUCCGUUCAGCGCCGACCCUACUUUCAAGGAUACCAUGUUGAAGUGGUAUCCCAAGCUCCGGUUCCUGAACAAUGUCGAAGUCCGUACCGCAGAAGAAAUAGCGGCGCAGAAGAAGACGCCGAUUCCUGUGCAACCACCGCACUUCCAGGACGACUCUCAGAUCGCAGAGAACUUUGUUAGGGCUUUCUUCGCGGGCUACGACAACGACCGAAGCGGCAUUCUCAACAGUGUCUACGACAACCACACGACGUUCACUCUCAAUGUGAAUACAUCGGCUCCCAGGGCCCAACAAACAGAAACAGCGCCCUGGGAUGCGUAUAUCAAGAAAAGCAGAAACCUUCUCAAGAUCAGCCAUCUUCCUGCACGCAUGUCUAGGGUAUACACCGGUGCGGAGAAAAUCCGCGAGUUGUGGACUAGUCUUCCCGCGACUAGACAUCCUGACAUUGCGACGCGCCCGGAAGAAUGGCUUAUCGAGUGCUACCCUAUCCCGGGUCUUCCUGAUAUUUCCGGGCAGAGCUCCACGGGUGUUGGUGGACUUCUCAUCAUGGUGCACGGGAAGUUCGACGAGAUUAAUGGGGCCAAGGUUGAAACUCGCAGUUUCGAUAGGACAUUCAUCAUCGGGCCCGGUGGUGGUAUGGGCGGAAUCAGGGUCGUCAGUGAUAUUCUCUGCUUGCGAGCCUAUGGUGGACACGAGGCAUGGAUUCCUGAGGUUCCACCAGCCGUACCCCAAGCUGCACCUCCAGCUGCACCAGCACCAGCACCCGCAGCCCCUGCAGCCCCUGCGGCACUACCAGUAGCCAUUCCGGGUGCUCCCGAAGGCUACGGCAUGCCAGCGCCUGGAAAAGCAGACGCACAAGUCCAGCAAGAGCAGCUAGUACUUCAGAUGAGCUCUAAUACUCGAAUGACCCUCCAGUACUCUGAGAUGGCUUUGUCUGGAAACGGCUGGAAUAUGGAGGCUGCACUGAAGAACUUUGAGGAACUUAAGGCGCAGGGAACAUUGCCUCCGGAGGCUUUUCUACCCGCAGCAGUGUAG